AGACAAGUCGAUUCUUCAGAGGGAAGGACCCAGAUCCGCUGUCGGUCUCCAGUGUGUGUGAAGUUCCUCGGGGUCUCAGAAGAUGACUGCUGUGAGUGGGACUUUCCGGCUGGUAUCGGAGGAGGAGCAGACUCUGAGAGCCAAGCUAGAGCACCUCACAGUCAAGGACCACGGACCGGUGUUUGGGCCCUGCAAGAAGUUACCAGAUCACACAGUGCAGAAGGCAAAGGAUGAGUUAAACGAGACGGAUGAGAAGCGAGCACUGGCUGUAAAGGAGCUGCGUGCUACCAUCGGGGAGAGGGCCGACGAGGAUGAGGUGGCGUGGGGCGUGCAGAGCCGAUUCGGCGAGCAGUCUGACACAGUGUUGCUGAGAUUCGUUCGGGCACGGAAGUACGAUGUGGGCCGUGCCUACGAGCUCAUGAAAGGCUAUGUGCGUUUCAGACAGCAGUACCCUGAGCUCUUUGAGAACCUGACCCCUGAGGCUGUGCGUACUACCAUCGAGGCCGGUUAUCCCAGCAUCCUGCCCAGCAGGGACAAGCACGGCCGAGUGGUGCUGCUGUUCAACAUCGAGAACUGGGACUAUGAGGAGAUCACCUUUGAUGAGAUCUUGCGUGCCUAUUGUGUCAUCCUGGAGAAGCUGCUGGAGAAUGAGGAAACCCAGAUCAACGGCUUCUGCAUGAUUGAGAACUUCAAGGGCUUCACCAUGCAACAGGCCGCAGGCAUCAAGCCCACAGACCUCAGGAAGAUGGUGGACAUGUUGCAGGACUCGUUCCCUGCCCGUUUCAAGACUGUUCAUUUCAUCCAUCAGCCCUGGUACUUCACCACCACCUACAACGGAGCAAAGCCUUUCAUGAAGAGCAAGCUGCUGGAUAGGGUCCAUGUUCAUGGGGAUGAUCUGGAAGACUACUUCAAGGAGUUUGAUGUUGAGAUCCUUCCUGCUGAGUUUGACGGGCAGGCGCCCAGCUACGAUGGCAAGGCCACAGCAAGGCUGCUCUUCGAUUCUGAGGACACUGCCCUUUAACUCUUGACUCCUGACCUUGGUCCCACAUUGCAUAUACUGGAUAGUCAAAGAAUAUACCUAUAAGCUUAUUUUCAUAGAGGAUAUUUUAAAGAAUAGAAGAACCCGUGUUAAAAAACAAAAAGCAGAGAGAGAGAGAGUGAGUCCAGGCCAGUUCCUUCAUCUUGCCAACCCCACCCAUCACCACUUCCCUGUGUACAGCUGGCAGAAACCACAAGGAAGGGUGAGCUUGGAUAUUCUCAUGAAAUAUGGUGACUCAUAAUCUCCAUAAUCACACCAGGCUCAGCCUUAACCCAUUGCAGCAUCUACAGAGUUGGGGGUUAAGGA